UUUAUUUUUUUUCCACCUCAAUAAUUGGGGUGUUCUUUUAAGUUUUCUUUAUAUGUCCUUAUGCUUCACGUUUUUUCCUGUUGUUUCACUGCGUCCUUUUUUUUUGCUGUUUUUUUUAAUUUGUCGUUUUGUUAUUUAAUACUCCCUCCGAAUAUAAAUGUUUUUCCCAUUUAUAAUUUUGACACUAUUCACAAUGCAAGAGAAUCUUAUGAAUUAGGUUCAAUAUAUAAGAAAAAAACAUAAUCAUGUGGGGGUCUUGUUUGAUUCGUCUCAAACAAUAUGAAAAUUUUAUAAUUUUUAAUAACACGUAACUAGAGAUAUUAAGUUGUAAAAUGUGCAUUGACAUGUGUGCCAAAGAAAAAUGGGAAAAACAUUUAGAUUCAGAUGGAAUAUUUGUCUAUUGAUGCACGUCCAGGAUGAGCAUGGUGGAGGUGUGUGUAGAAUCCGAACUCUGAACAAAUAGGCCUUGAGAUUUAGGCAUUUUUUUUGGUGUGUGAGAUUUAGGCAAUUAGAAUGAAAGAAAGGAUGGAAAAAAAAAAAGAAGAAAAACAAAAGUCGAAAAAGAGUUAGAGAGAACAAUUUGGCUCCUGUUUUAGCGCCACAACUCUCUGAACAAAACCAAGCGAAAAACAAAAUGAAAUCUCAACGGUAGCCUUUCAUGAUUUUGAUCUUGAAUAGUUACGCAAGAACCCUAGACAACCCGAAAGAAGGAAGAAAUAAAAAAAAUUGAAGAAUUAAAAAUGGGGAUGUCAUUGCCAUUGUCGAAGGAAACAUUAGGAGACAGAGUGAAAUUCAUGAAAGAAUCUCUCUCCAAAAGCCAAACAAUUACAGAUAACAUGGUUUCUAUUCUUGGUUCCUUCGAUCAUCGCCUUUCGUCCCUCGAAACGGCUAUGCGCCCCACUCAGAUUCGAACGCAUUCGAUUCGAAGGGCGCAUGAGAAUAUUGACAAGACAUUGAAGUCUACUGAGCUUGUUUUGGGUCAAUUUGAUCUUGCUCGAAAGGCUGAGGCUAAAAUAUUGAGAGGGCCUCAUGAAGAUUUGGAAAGUUACCUUGAAGCAAUUGAUCAGUUGAAAACGGUCCUUAUUUUUUUCAGCAGCAACAAAAGUUUUAAGAGUAAUGAUGGUGCUGUGACGCGUGUCAACAACCUACUUUCUAAGGCCAUUUCUAAACUAGAAGAUGAGUUUAAGCAAAUUUUAAUGUCUAACAGUAAGCCCAUUGAAGCUGAUUGUCUUUUUGACUGCCUUCCAAACUCAUUACGGCCCAACUCAACAUCAGGGAAUCAGGGAGAUGCUGCAUCUGCUGGGCAGAGUAAUAAAAGCGCAGAAAAUGCAGGUUAUAAAACUCUAGAUAUUGUUCCACCGCGUGUUCUGCCAUUGCUCCAUGAGUUGGCUAAUCAAAUGAUUCAAGCAGGCUACCAACAGCAAAUUCUCUCUAUUUAUCGGGAAACACGUUCAUCUGUAAUGGAAAUAACAUUUAGAAAACUUGGGGUGGAGAGACUUACCAAAGAAGAUGUACAGAAGAUGCAGUGGGAAGCUUUGGAGGCAAAGAUUGGGAACUGGAUACAUUACAUGAGAAUAGCUGUCAAACUGCUGUUUUCCGGGGAGAAAAAAGUUUGUGAUGAGAUAUUCAAAGCUAUUGAAUCUAUCAGAGUAUUAUGUUUUGCUGAAGUAACUUCAGGUUGUGUGUCUGCGCUCCUUAGUUUUGGGGAUGCAAUUGCUAGAAGUAAGAGAUCACCAGAAAAGUUAUUUGUUCUCUUGGACAUGUAUGAGAUAAUGAGAGAACUUCAGCCUGAGAUAGAAACUAUAUUUGAGGGUAAGCCAUGCACUGAAAUGAGGGAAUCCGCAACAAGCUUGACAAAGCGACUGGCACAAACAGCGCAAGAGACAUUUGGUGAUUUUGAAGAAGCAGUAGAGAAGGAUGCCACAAAAACAGCUGUUAUGGAUGGAACAGUACAUCCUCUGACAAGCUAUGUGAUCAACUAUGUCAAGUUUUUGUUCGAUUAUCGGUCGACUCUGAAGCAACUUUUCCAGGAAGUGAGUGGAGAAGAUACAGGAGCACAGUUGGCUGCAAUCACAACUCGCAUAAUGCAAGCACUCCAGACAAAUCUGGAUGGGAAAUCCAAGCAGUAUAAAGAUACCGCUUUGACUCAGCUGUUUCUUAUGAACAACAUUCAUUACAUUGUUCGAUCUGUUCGGAGGUCGGAAGCAAAAGACCUUCUGGGAGAUGAUUGGGUUCAACGACAUAGGAGGGUUGUCCAACAGCACGCGAAUCAGUAUAAGAGGAUUUCCUGGUCUAAGAUCCUUCAGUUUCUCUCAGUCCAACCUGCUGGAUCCGCUGGUGGUGGUGGUGCUACACCUGAUGCAACUCCAGCACUUUCAAGGGCAAUGGUAAAAGAGAGAUUCAAAAACUUCAAUAUUCAAUUCGAGGAACUUCAUCAAAGACAAUCUCAGUGGACGGUUCCUGAUAGCGAGCUGCGAGAGUCUCUGAGAUUGGCUGUAGCUGAGGUCUUAUUGCCUGCUUAUCGAAAUUUCUUCAAACGCUAUGGGCCUAUGAUAGAGGGUGGAAAGAACCCUCAAAAGUACAUCAGAUUUAGCACAGAGGAUCUUGAACGCAUGUUAAAUGAGUUUUUCGAGGGCAAGAGCUGGGGUGAACAGAAGCGAUAGAUAUAGAUAUAGGUGCUUACAAAUGGACUAACAUUGUAUAUUGUAUAGCAUUUUGUACCUGUUUCUGUUUCUUUUCCUUUUAAUAUGAUGGAAUUGUGCAUCACCUCAAAGAAGCUUCUUAACUGAGGUUGAACGCCGAUGAGGUUAUAUAAAGUCCGCUCUUUAUUGGUAUCA